UCGAUAUCACAUUGAGUAACCUAACACUUCGUUGCUAUCAAUUUGUUCCUGUCUGUAGGAAUUAGCGUGCUUCAAUGUGAAAAAGUUCACUUUAUCUUAAACAUUUUUAGUUUGAGUUGAUCAGAAUAUUGUUAAACCUAUUUUGGUGGACACAGGAAGAUGAGGUUGAACAUGACGGCUGAUUACGAGCCCAGUGCUUUAGCAAACAGUACCGUGUUCACAACUCUCUUACCUGCUAUUUGUUUACCCAUUGGAUUACUUGACUUUUCUUUCAACGUUAUGCUGAUAGCAGUUCACAUCAGACUGAAGUUUUGGAAGAGUGCUCCAGCUCUAGCUUACUUCAAUAUGAUAUGUGUGGGAACCGUGAGUAGUCUGGCAGCCUCAAUUCUUUUCAUAAUGAGGAUCGUUGCUGGACCCGACCACUCUGCUUCCAGUCCUAGGCUGUUUAAAGCUGCUAAGGUCCUUUACAACAUAGAAUUGUUUGCUCUGGGAUCCGGUCUACUGUCAACCUCUAUUAUGGGAAUUCUAAGACUAUCCGCCCUGAGGUUACCAUUCCACUUCGUCAACAUAGCCCAGCACAAGUACAUGUUACCCCUCGUUGUGUCCAGCUGGAUCCUGGGCUCUAGUGCUGCCUGUAUAGAGCAUCACUUCUGGGAUCAUGACAAGCACAUGGUCCUUCUCUACGCAUGGGUCGUCUUCAUUGGACUGACCUUGGCACUGUUCGUGGUUGCUCUGGUAAUCCUCUAUCCUAUCAGACGUAACCGUGAUAUACUCCUGCGGAGGACCGCCAACAAAGUCUUCGUUCUGGCAUUCUUCUACAUGAUUUGCUUCGUGGCUUUCGGACUGAUGAACCUGUUCCGGCAUUUCAUCUGUAUGGAUAAAAAGUGGAACGAUCAUGAAUGGGUGAUCGAGCUGUUCUGUAACUAUGGAAACUUCCUGACGACUAUCUUCAUCUUUCCAACUAUCAACAGUAUUGCUAACGCUUUCGUCAUCUCGCGAGCGGAGCAAGUUCAAAAUGAGUUGAAGUCGUGGAGAAUAUCAGAACCUCAUAUUGCUUCUCGUCAAUCUUCUCCAGAGACUUCAUUCCUACAGUAUGCCACCAAGCUGGGAUAUCCUGAAAACUUGAUAGCAAGAGUACUGACUAACCUGGGACCUCACGCUGAGACAGAGGAUCUGCUCUCUCAUCUCAUCAGCCUACAGGAUAUGCUUUGCCCUAAAGAAUCUACUGUCCGCAGACGAAGAGAUGCCACAAACCUUCCUUCGUAUAUGCUUGCCCAGGAUUCCUACUACAAAGGGAAGGAGAAGAUGCCUUUCUGGGUUUGGGUUAAACGAGAGACUAUUGGUGUGAACAUGGCUGCCAAUCCUCCUCACAGACGUACUGGAACUAGAGCUAGAACCAGCUCCUCUACUGGAACCAGCUCCUCUACUGGAACCAGCUCCUCUACUUCUCAAUACACCUCCUUUACUCGUCACAACUCCGCUCAAUGA